UCGCAGCUGGAGAGAGCGGCGCCAAAGCUGCGGCCUCGCUAAUCGACGCCCGGGGCCGUGCGCUGUCGCUCGGCUUCGCUUCGCUGCCUUUUCCCGCCGGUUGAGGGGCGAUGUUCGUGGCUCGGAGCAUCGCGGCCGAUCACAAGGACCUGAUCCACGAUGUUUCCUUCGACUUCCACGGGCGACGGAUGGCGACCUGCUCCAGUGACCAGAGCGUGAAGGUAUGGGACAAAGGUGAAACUGAAGAAUGGCACUGCACAGCUAGCUGGAAGACACACAGUGGAUCAGUAUGGAGAGUGACGUGGGCCCAUCCUGAGUUUGGCCAGGUGCUGGCUUCUUGCUCAUUUGAUCGGACUGCAGCCGUGUGUGGGAGGAGAUAGUGGGAGAGUUCUAACGACAAACUGCGGGGUCAGAGUCAUUGGGUGAAGAGGACUACACUGGUGGACAGCAGAACCUCAGUGACGGAUGUGAAAUUUGCCCCAAAACACAUGGGCUUGGUUCUAGCCACCUGUUCUGCAGAUGGUGUUGUGCGGAUAUACGAGGCGCCAGAUGUCAUGAACCUCAGUCAGUGGUCCUUACAGCAUGAGAUCUCAUGCAAAUUGAGCUGCAGCUGCAUUUCCUGGAACCCCUCCAGUUCCCGUUCUCAUCCCCCUAUGAUAGCAGUGGGAAGUGACGACAGCAGCACAAACAUAGGUGGCAAGGUUCAAAUUUAUGAAUACAAUGAAAACACCAGGAAAUAUGCAAAAGCAGAAACCUUAAUUACAGUUACCGAUCCUGUGCAUGAUAUUGCUUUUGCUCCAAACCUUGGAAGGUCAUUCCAUAUUCUUGCAGUAGCAAAUAAAGAUGUUCGAAUUUUCACACUAAAACCGUUAAGGAAAGAAUUGAGUAGUUCUGGAGGUCGCAAAUUUGAAAUUCAGACAGUGGCACAGUUUGAUAAUCACAAUUCGCAGGUGCGUGUGAGCUGGAACAUCACUGGUACGGUCUUGGCGUCCUCUGGAGAUGAUGGAUGUGUCAGAUUAUGGAAAGCUAACUAUAUGGAUACUUGGAAAUGUACAGGCAUAUUGAAAGGAGAUGGAAGUCCCGUAAAUGGUGCCUUAAACCAAUCAAUGGGAAUUCUUAAUCCUUCUGCAGUAUUAAGCAAUUCAUCCUUACAGAAUGCAUUUAAUGGAACAUCCUGCCGGAGGGAGGUAGGUUGAAGGUCUUUCUUUCCCACUCCGGACCAUGCUCGUGCUGGAUCGAGAUGGUCCACUUAUGCCCAGCUUCCUCUUCCUCCUCUUCCUCCUAUGGCAGAACAGUCUUGUGAUGCUGACACAACCCACCUUCAGUAUCGUAACUCUCAAAGUCGAUACUCCAACAGGUCUCUUAAUUCCUUGGUUGAGAAUGAGGGGGUGCAAUAAAAAACAUCUACUUAUGCAGAGGUGAUAAUUGUCUAUGUUUCUGCUAACUUAUUUCUACCCAUACUUCUGAUGUACAGAGAAAGUUUCUCAAUGGAUACCUUAUUAUCUUAAUUCAUAUUUGAGUGACAUAACUAUGUAGAUAAUCUGAUGUUGAAUAGUUUAUUCAUCUAAUGCUACCAGAAUACUUAAGAUUGGAAAUCUGCAAUUGCUGGCUGUAUUCAAUGAUGGCUGAUAGACCACGUUAAACUGAAAAAGUUAUGGGUGUGCCUUAAGAAUCAAUGCCUACUGUUAGAAGAUUUUUUUUUAAUUGGGAUAGUUCUGUUUUAUAAGGGAAUUUUGGAAGAAAUGUACAUUUUGAAAUGAUUUGACAAUGUCAAUUUUUUCUACAUACAGCUUGUGUUUUUUGAGAAAAAAUUCUCUUAUGUUUUAAAUAUAUUAACAACCACAAAUGGAGUGAUGCAUGCAGUGUGUCUGUUAGCAGGAUGAUCGUAUAAGCUGUGCUCAUAUUUGACAUUCCUGUGCUUGAGCUGGAACACACCACCCUGUAGUCUGGGGUUUGACAUAUUUAUCCAGGUAGAGAGUUACACCAGAAAAUGGAUUGAGUGUAAAAUUAAUUAUACAGUUUUGUUAAAACAAUAAAGGUGUAUGCA